AUGUUGAGAGUCGAGUUGACGAACAAGGACUGGGAUCCCAUCAGGAAAAGUGGAAUGAAAAAAUCUACUGAAUACUACGCUCUUUACUUCCCAAACAAAGAUACUGGUACUUACGCCAAUAUCUGCGGUAUGCCCAGUUUGAAGAGGUUCACCAUAUGCUUCUGGAUGAAAUCCUCAGCUUCAAAUAUAGGUACUCCAUUCAGCUACAAUGUGGCUGGAGGUGAUAAUGAGCUCCUGAUUUAUAACUACGGAGACUACAGUCUUUGGAUAAGGAAAAAAGAGAGGAAAGUGCACGGGUCGGCUAAUGAUGGAAGAUGGCAUCACAUCUGCUUCACGUGGCGAAGCCAUGAUGGUGCCGUGAGGUUUUACAAAGAUGGAAGACUCCGCACCCACGAUCUGAAUGGCCUUAAAAAGGGUUAUACAAUUAAGGGAGGAGGUUCUCUGGUUCUAGGAGGAGAGCAAGAUUCACUUGGAGGAAGAUUUCAAAGUUAUCAGUCCUUCCAAGGCUAUCUGACCAAUGUGAAUGUGUGGUCGUAUGUCUUACCUUCAACAACGAUCCGGAAGCUCUCAAAGUCUUGCCUUGCAGGGAAUGGGAAUGUAUACAAAUGGAACGACUUCAUCUAUGGGGUCAAAGGGAAAACCGCGAUUGUCAUGCCAUCACCAUGUUAUCCAAAGUAA